AUGGAGACUUUAAAGUUGUUCUUUUUAGCAGUUUGUUUCGCCUGUGUAGCAGCAGACACAGAAUUCGAACGGUUUUUUGAUUGGCCAGACAAUGAAACCGUCAAAGAUGACGCUACCCCAAUGACGCGAAUUGUUGGUGGCAGAGCAGCAUUCGAUGGCCAAUUCCCCUAUCAAGUUUCGCUCCGAAAGUGGAUGUCAUAUGACCAUUAUUGCGGAGCUGCUAUUCUAAAUAGCCGGUUCAUAUUGACAGCAGCACAUUGUACCAGAGGUCAAUACUCACAAGCUAGUAGCUUGUAUGCUGUGGUUGGAUGGACCGGACAAGGAGCCAAAGGCAAAGCUUACACUUUGGAAGAGAUUACUCCACAUCCAGCGUUCGAUAUAAGCAUCUUCAGCAAUGACAUCUCAUUGAUCCGAACCCAUCAAGAGAUUCAAUUCUCAUCGCAAGUCUGGCCCAUCAAUUUACCAUUCUCAAACACAGAAAGUAACGCUCCAGUUGUAAUUGCUGGAUGGGGGCUACCUUCUGGUGAUCCGGGCCAUACUUUGUCACCAAUUUUGAAUUACCUUCAGCUUCGCACGCUUGAUCUUAGUACGUGUAUUCGUCGGUUUGAAGGGAAAAACUUGAAAGCAAAUCUGAAUGAUGCAGUCAUUUGCACAACAAGUACGUAUACAAGUGGAAUGGGCACAUGUAUGGGAGAUAGCGGCGGACCAUUGGUUGAUAUAUCCGAUCCAAAUAACAAAGUUUUGGCUGGCGUUGUUUCUUGGGGUGUUCCGUGUGCCAGAGGAUUUCCAGAUGUUUUCACUCGAGUUCAUUCACAUCUUUACUGGAUCCUCAGCCAAAUGAGCCAACAAGUACCUGGAUCGGUUAAAUAUAUUUAUUAUGACUAAUUAAAGUAGUUUUCAC